CUGGGGUGCUGCUGGGUGGUGUUGGCUUUUUGGGGGUUCCUGUCUCUCUCGCUUUCUCUCCCCCUAUUUUUUGAUCAAUUAAAGAAAAUAAUGCUUUCUGUUUGCCACCAGGCCCCUGCUGCCAUUGGCCAGGGCCUCCCACGUGACGAGGAAUUGGCUGCAAUUUCGCCCCAGCCUGGAGUUUAGCAGAGCAGGGUCCCCCUCCGCCUGUAUUAUCAGCAAUAUAACAAUUAUAAAAAGCCCGAGGACCGUCAUCAUCCCCGCCAUCAAAAACCCAAGCCCUCCGAUUUCUCUCCCUCUCCCCCUCCUCCUCCUCCUCCUCCUCCCUCUCCCCCGCCUCCCUCCCGCUUUUUAAAGCCCGGGCCCUGGAAAAGCCAUGAAUUUUGAAUUUGAGAGGGAGAUCGGGUUUAUAAAUAGCCAGCCUUCGCUCGCGGAGUGCCUGACGUCUCUCCCCGCUGUCCUGGAGACAUUUCAAACUUCAUCAAUCAAGGACUCGACGUUAAUUCCUCCUCCUUUCGAGCCGAGCCUCCUCCAGAGCCUGAGCCCUUGUUGCGGCAGCCGGGCGAGCCCGAGCCCAGCUCGGCACGGCCCGGCCCGGCCCGCGGCCCCGCCCGGCCCCCGGGCAGCGCCCUUCCCCUGGAUGAGGGAGAAGAAAUCGUCCAGGAGAGGCAGCCAGGCUCCGGCCGCUUCGUCCCCGCCAUCCUCCUCCUCCUCCUCCUCCUCCUCCUCGCUGCCGAUGCCCGCCGCGGGAUCCCCCGCAGAGGCUCCGGGGCUGUCGGACAGCGGCGGCUCCAGGCGCCUCCGCACCGCCUACACCAACACGCAGCUGCUGGAGCUGGAGAAGGAAUUCCACUUCAACAAGUACCUGUGCCGGCCGCGGCGCGUGGAGAUCGCGGCGCUGCUGCAGCUCACCGAGCGCCAGGUCAAGGUGUGGUUCCAGAACCGCCGCAUGAAGCACAAGAGGCAGACGCAGCACAAGGAAGAAGCCGUUUGGGCCGGGCCGGAUGCAGGCGGCGAGGCCGAGACCUGCCCCGCGUUGGGCGCCAUCGAGGAGCGCGCGGGGAGCGCGGAGCGGCCGCCGCCGCCGGAGCUCGGCGUGUUCUCGCUGGAGCCGUGCCUGGAGCUCGGCCAGGGGCUUUCUCCGGGUGGGCUGGGGUCCCUGGAGAGCCCCCUGCGCUUCUCCGAGGAGGAGCUGGAGCUCUUCAGCAGCGCGCUCUGCACCAUGGACCUGCAGGAUCUGGAUUUUCCCUAGCGGGGGGUGCUCCUGCCCUGCCCUGCCGGAGGGUUUGGGGAGGGCAGCCUGGGAGCGGGCACUGCCAGCACCCCGAAACCUGCCCCGAGAGAAGGGGAACCCCAAAAAUCUGCCCCGAGAGAAGGGGAACCCCCGAAAUCUGCCCUGAGAGAAGGGGAACCCCCGAAAUCUGCCCCGAGAGAAGGGGAACCCAAAAAAUCUGCCCUGAGAGAAGGGGAACCCCCGAAAUCUGCCCUGAGAGAAGGGGAACCCCAAAAAUCUGCCCCGAGAGAAGGGGAACCCCCGAAAUCUGCCCUGAGAGAAGGGGAACCCCAAAAAUCUGCCCCGAGAGAAGGGGAACCCCCGAAAUCUGCCCCGAGAGAAGGGGAACCC